AGAGAGCUGUCUGGGAUGGCGGGCCAGGCUUCCUGGAAGAGGUGUCUGGACAGAGAUUUGAAGGAUGUAGAUGUGUCCCACAACCUGCUCCCGGCCCUGGACGUCGGGGUCCUGGCGAACCUCUCCGCACUGACAGAGCUGGACAUAAGUAACAACCAGAUUUCUACUUUAGAAGAAGGAUUAUUUGCUAAUUUAUUUAACUUAAGUGAAAUAAACCUGAGCGGAAACCCGUUGGAGUGUGACUGUGGUCUGGCGUGGCUGCCCCGCUGGGUGGAGGAGCGGCAGGUGCGCGUGGUUCGGCCCGAGGCGACCACGUGUGCUGGGCCCGGCCCCCUCGCUGGCCAGCCCCUCCUCGGUGGCCCCUUGUCACAUGGUGCCUGUGGUGAGGAGUACAUCGCCUGCCUCGCUGGCGACAGCUCCGGGGCCGUGGUGCCCGUGGCCUUCUCUGCUGCCCACGAGGGCCCUCUGGGGCCUGAGGCCUGCGGCGCCUUCUGCUUUGCGGCUGGCCAGGGCCUCGGGGCCCUCUCGGAGCAGGGCUGGUGCCUGUGCGGAGGGGCCCAGCCCCCCAAUGCCUCCUCCGCUUGCCUGCCCCUGUGCUCCAGCCCCCCCCUGCCCCUCGCCCCUGCUUGCGGGGGCCCCACCCUCCUCCAGAACGUCUUCCCUGCCUCCCCAGGGGCCACCCUGGUGGGGCCUCAGGGACCCCUGGCCUCUGGCCAGCCAGCAGCCUUCCAUGUCACGGCCUUCCUGCCCGUCAGCUCCACACGUUGGGACUUCGGUGACGGCUCCCCUGAGGUGGAUGUCGCUGGUUCUGCUGCCACUCACCGCUAUUCCCUGCCUGGGCGCUACCGGGUGACGGCCGUGCUGGCCCUGGGGGCCGGCUCAGCCCAGCUGAGGGCCGCUGUGCACGUGGAGGCGGCGCCUGCUGCCCUGGAGCUUGCGUGUCCGGUCUCGGUGCGCAGUGACGAGACCCUCAAGCUUGGCAUCCGAAAUCGUGGUGGCUCUGACCUGGAAGCCGCCUACAGUAUCGUGGCCGUGGGCGAGGAGCCCGUUCAAGUGGUGCAUCCGCUCUGCCCCUCGGACACCGCCAUCUUCCCCGGCAAUGGGCGCUGCUACCGCCUGGUGGCAGAGAAGGCCUCCUGGCUGCAGGCACAGGAGCAGUGCCGGGCCUGGGCGGGUGCCGCCCUGGCCAUGGUGGACAGUCCCGCCGUCCAGCGCUUCCUGGUCUCCCAGGUCACCAGGAGCCUGGACGUGUGGAUUGGCUUCUCGGCCGUGGAGGGGGCUGAGGCCGGCCCCGCCAUGCGGGGCGAGGCCUUCAGCCUGGAGAGCUGCCAGAACUGGCUGCCUGGGGAGCCGCACCCUGCCACGGCUGAGCGCUGUGUGCGGCUCGGGCCCGCCGGGCAGUGCAACACGGACCUGUGCUCGGUGCCCCACAGCUACGUCUGUGAGCUGCGGCCCGGAGGUCCCGUGUGGGAUGCGGAGAACUUCCUCGUGGGAGCGCCCCCUGGGGACCUGCAGGGACCCCUGAGCCCCCUGGCACAGCAAGAGGCCCUCUCAGCCCCCCAGGAGCCCGUCGAGGUCAUGGUGUUCCCCGGCCUGGGCCUGAGCAGAGAAGCCUUCCUCACCGCCGCCGAGUUUGGGACCCAGGAGCUCCGCCGACCGGCCCAGCUGCGGCUGCAGGUGUUCCGGCCCGAGGGAGGAGCCGGGGCCCCAGGACACCGCAGGGAGCCUGACAGCGUGUCCCUGGAGAGCCAGACUCUGCCGGCGCCCGCGUGCACCCCGGACGGGCCCUGGUGCCCCCGAGCUGGUAUCCCCUUGUCCCUAGACACCCUUUGCCCGCCCCGGGCCUGUGCCAAUGAGUCUGCAUCAGGGCCAGGGAGCCCUGGGGCCUCCUGCGUGCUCUGGAAGGAGUUCUUGUUCUCCGUGCCGGCAGGCCCCCCCACCCAGUUCUCGGUCACCUUCCACGGCCAGGACAGCCCCCUGCUCCCCGGUGACCUCAUCACCUUGCAGCACGACGCUGGACCAGGCGCCCUCCUGCACUGCUCACCAGCGCUUGGACCCCCUGGUCUUGAGCCGCCGUACUUGACCGCCACGGCCUCAGCCUGGCUGGCCCAGCUGCCCACCCAGCUGGCAGCGGCCCCGGCCGGCCCUGCCUGCGCCCUGCGGCUGCUCACUGCCACGGAGCACCUCACCCCCCUCCUAGGCCUGAGGCCCAACCCAGGGCUGCGGAGGCCUGGGCGCUAUGAGGUCCAGGCCAUGGUGGGCAAUAGCGUGUCCGCGCACAACGUGUCCUGCAGCUUCGACGUGCUCUCGCCGGUGGCCGGGCUGCGUGUGGCCCAUCCCACCCCCCGUGACGGUCGCCUCUACGUGCCCACCAAUGGCUCGGCCUUGGUGCUCCAGGUGGACUCUGGCACCAAUGCCACAGCCACAGCCCGCUGGCCUGGGGGCAAUGUCAGCGCACCCUUCGAGGCCGCCUGCCCCGCCUCGGUGGCUACCCUGGUGCCCGGCUGUGCUUUUGAGGCCAACGACACCCUGUUCGCGGUGCUGGCGCUGCCCGGGCUCCGCGAGGGCGAGCACGCCGUGGAGGUGGCGGUGGAGAACAGCGCCGGCCGGGCCAACCUCAGCCUGCGGGUGGUGGCGGAGGAGCCCGUCUGCGGCCUGCGCGCCACGCCCAGCCCCGAGGCCCGCGUGCUGCAGGGCGUCCUCGUGAGGUACAGCCCCGUGGUGGAGGCCGGCUCGGACGUGGUCUUCCGCUGGACCAUCGACGACAAGCAGUCCCUGACCUUCCACAACGUGGUCUUCAACGUCAUCUACCAGAGCGCCGCCGUCUUCAAGCUCUCGCUGACAGCCUCCAACCACGUGAGCAACGUCACCGUGAACUACAACGUCACCGUGGAGCGGAUGCACAGGAUGAGGGGCCUCUGGGUGUCCACAGUGCCGCCCGUGUUGCCCCCCAAUGCCACACUGGCACUGGCCGCCCACGUGCUGGUGGACUCCGCUGUGGAGGUGGCCUUCCUGUGGAUCUUUGGGGACGGGGACCAGGUGAUUGGCCAGUUCAAGCCUCCAUACAAUGAGUCCUUCCGGGUCCCUGACCCCACGGUGGCCCAGGUGCUGGUGGAGCACAAUGUCACACACACCUACGCCAUCCCAGGUGAGUACAACCUGACCCUGCUGGUGUCCAACGCCUUCGAGAACCUGACGCAGCAAGUGCCCGUGAGCGUGCGCGCCACCCUGCCGGCCGUGGCCGUGGCCGUGGGAGGUCGCGUCCUGGUGGCUGGCCAGGCUGUGACCUUCGCCCCCCACCCACUGCCCUCACCUGGGGGGAUCCUGUACACAUGGGACUUUGGGGACGGCUCCCCGGCGGUGACGCAGCACCAGCCGGAGGUCAGCCACACAUAUAGUGCGGGGGGCACGUACCGCGUCCGUCUGGAGGUCAACAACACGGUCAGCAGCGUGGUGGCCUGUGUCGACGUCCGUGUCUUCGAGGAGCUUCGGGGCCUAAGCGUGAGCCUCAGUCCGGCCGUGGAGCAGGGCGCGCCCGUGACUGUCAGCGCCGCCCUGGAGUCGGGAGACAACGUCACGUGGACUUUCGACAUGGGGGACGGCACGGUGCUCACGGGCCCUGAGGCCACGGUGGAACACGUGUACCUGCGGGCACAGAACCGCACGGUGACCGUGGCCGCGUCCAGCCCCGCGGGCCGCCUGGCCCUGAGCCUGCCUGUGCAGGUCUUCGUCCUGGAGGUGCUGCGGAUCGAGCCCGCGGCCUGCAUCCCUGUGCAGCCCCGCGCCCGGCUCACGGCCCAUGUCACCGGGGACCCUGCCCGCUACGUCUUCGACUGGACGUUCGGUGACGGCUCUUCCAACACCACCGUCUCGGGGGACCCGACGGUGAUGCACAGCUUCACGCGGAGCGGCACCUUCCCCUUGACGCUGGUCCUCUCGAGCCGCGUGAACAAGGCCCAUUACUUCAGCAGCGUGUGCGUGGAGCCCGAGCUGGGCAACGUCACCCUGUGGCCCGAGCGGCAGUUCGUGCGGCUCGGGGAGGAGGCCCGCUGGGCGGCCCGUGCCCAGCCCCCGUUCCUCUACCGCUACACCUGGCACUUCGGCACCGAGGAUGCCGCCCGCGUCGGGGGCCCCGAGGCCACGUUUGCCUACAAGGCCGCGGGCUCCUACCUGGUGACAGUCGCCGUGUCCAACAACAUCUCGGCGGCCAACGACUCGGUGCUCGUGGAGGUCCAGGAGCCUGUGGAGCUCACGGGCGUCCGGGUCAAUGGCUCUUGCGCGCUGGAGCUGCGGCGGCCCUACCUGUUCUCGGCUGUGGGCCGCGGGCGCCCCGCCACCUACCGGUGGGAGCUGGGGGACGGCGGGGUCCUGGAGGGCCCCGCGGUCACCCACGCCUACAACAGCACGGGCCCCUUCACCGUCCGGGUGGCCGGGUGGAACGAGGUGAGCCGGGACUCGGCCUGGCUGAACGUCACGGUGCAGCAGCGAGCACGGGGGCUCAGCGUCAACGCCAGCCGCACAGUGGUGCCCCUCAACGGCAGCGUGAGCUUUGCCACCUCCCUGGAGGCCGGCAGCGACGUGCGCUACUCCUGGGUGCUCUGUGACCGCUGCACACCCAUCCCCGGGGGCCCCACCAUCUCCUACACCUUCCGCUCGGUGGGCACCUUCAACAUCAUCGUCACGGCCGAGAAUGAGGUGGGCGCUGCCCAGGACAGCAUCUUCAUCUACGUCCUGCAGCACAUCGAGGGGCUGCAGGUGGUGGGGGGCGGGGGCGGCUGCUGCUUCCCCACCAACCGCACGCUGCAGCUGCAGGCCGCGGUCCGAGACGGCACCAACGUCUCCUACAGCUGGACCGCCCAGCGGGACGGCGGCCCUGCGCUGGCCGGCAGCGGCAAAGCCUUCUCGCUCACCGUGCUGGAGGCCGGCACUUACCGCAUCCAGCUGCGCGCCGCCAACAUGCUGGGCAGCGCCUUGGCCAACCGCACCGUGGACUUUGUGGAGCCGCUGGGGUGGUUGGCUGCAGCCGCUUCCCCAAACCCGGCCGCUGUCAACGCCAGCGUCGCCCUCCGUGCUGAGCUGGCCGGUGGCAGCGGUGUCAUUUAUGCCUGGUCUCUGGAGGGAGGACUGAGUUGGGAGACUCUGGAGCCGUCCACGACCCACACCUUUCCCACCCCUGGCCUGCACCUGGUCACAGUCACAGCUAAGAACCAGCUGGGCUCAGCCAAUGCCACCACGGAGGUGGCUGUGCAGGCGCCUGUCAGUGGCCUCAGCAUCAGGGCCGGCGAGCUGGCUUGUGGCUUUGUGGUGGCUGGGUCUGCUGUGCCCUUCUGGGGGCAGCUGGAUUCUGGCACCAAUGUGAGCUGGUGCUGGGCGGUGCCAGGUGGCAGCAGGCAUGGCCAGCACAUUUCUGUGGUCUUCCGGGAUGCCGGUGCCUUCUCCAUUCAGCUCAAUGCCUCCAACGCCAUCAGCUGGGCCCUGGCCACGCACGAGCUCACGGUGGAGGAGCCUGUCGUGGGCCUGGUGCUGUGGGCCAGCAGCAAGGUGGCGGAGCCGGGGCAGCUGGUCCACUUUCAGGUCAUGCUGGCCGCUGGCUCUGGCGUCAGCUUCUCCCUGCAGGUCAGCGGGGCCGUCCCGGAGGCGCUGCCCGGGUCCCGCUUCUCCCGCAGCUUCCCCCGGGUUGGGGACCACGUGGUGAGUGUCCAGGCGGAGAACCACGUGAGCCGGGCCCAGGCGCAGGUGCGCGUCUUGGUGCUGGAGGCUGUGGGCGGGCUCCAGGUGCCCAACUGCUGUGAGCCAGGCAUCCCCACGGGCACAGAGAGGAACUUCACGGCUCGGGUACAGCGGGGGUCCCGCGUGGCCUAUGCAUGGUACUUUUCCUUGCAAAAGGUCCAGGGGGACUCGCUGGUCAUCCUGUCGGGCCGCGAUGUCACCUACACCCCUGUGGCCGCGGGGCUGCUGGAAAUCCACGUGCGCGCCUUCAACGAGCUGGGCGGCGUGAACCGCACGCUCCUGGUUGAGGUCCAGGACACCAUCCAGCACGUGGCGCUGCGCAGCGGCCGCUGCUUUACCAACCGCUCGGCCCGCUUCGAGGCCGCCACGAGCCCGAGCCCCCGGCGCGUUGCCUACCGCUGGGACUUCGGGGACGGGGCCCCAGAGCGGGACACACAGGAGCCCUGGGCAGAACACGCCUACCUGCAGCCCGGGGACUACCACGUGCGGGUGAACGCUUCCAACCUGGUGAGCUUCUACGUGGCCCAGGCCGCGGUGACCGUCCACGUGCUGGCCUGCCGGGAGCCCGAGGUGGAUGUGGCCCUGCCCCCGCAAGUGCUGAUGCGGCGCUCCCAGCGCAACUACUUGGAAGCCCACGUCGACCUACGCGACUGCGUCACUUACCAGACCGAGUACCGCUGGGAGGUGUACCGUGCCGCUAGCUGCCAGCGGCCCACGCGCAUGGCCCCCGUGGCCCUGCCCGGCGUCGACAUGAGCCGGCCCCAGCUGGUGGUGCCACGGCUGGCACUGCCUGUGGGCCACUACUGCUUUGUGUUUCUGGUGUCAUUUGGGGACACCCCGCUGGCACGGAGCAUCCAAGCCAACGUGACCGUGGUCCCGGAGCGCCUGGUGCCCAUCAUUGAGGGUGGCUCGUACCGCGUGUGGUCAGACACUCAGGACCUGGUGCUGGACGGGAGCAGGUCCUACGAUCCCAACCUCGAGGACGCCGACCAGACACCACUCAGCUUCCACUGGGCCUGUGUGGCUUCGACGCAGAGUGAGACUGGCGGGUGCGCCCUGGCCUUCGGGCCCCGGGGGAGCAGCGUGAUCGGAGUCCCCCGGGAGCGCCUGCAUGCCGGCGCGGAGUACACCUUCACCCUGACCGUGUGGAAGGCAGGCCGGAAGGAGGAGGCCACGAACCAGACGGUGUUGGUCCGCAGGGGCCGGGUGCCCAUUGUGUCCUUGGAGUGCGUGUCCUGCAAGGCGCAGGCGGUGUACACGGUGAGCCGCAGCUCCUACGUGUACCUGGAGGGCCGCUGUGACAACUGCAGCGGGGGCUCCCAGCAAGGGCGCUGGGCAGCACGCACCUUCCGAAACGAGACGCUGGUCCUGGACGAGACCACCACCUCGACAGGCAGCUCGGGCAUGCGGCUGGUGGUGCGGCGCGGCGUGCUGCGGGACGGCGAGGGCUACACGUUCACGCUCACGGUGCUGGGCCGCUCGGGGGAGGAAGAGGGCUGUGCCUCCAUCCGCCUCUCUGCUAACCGGCCCCCGCGUGGGGGCGCCUGCCGCCUCUUCCCGCUGGACGGCGUGCGUGCCCUCACCACCAAGGUGCAUUUCGAGUGCACAGGCUGGCAGGACGCGGAAGACGCAGGCGCCCCACUCCUGUACGCACUGUUGCUGCGGCGCUGUCGCCAGGGCCACUGCGAGGAGUUCUGCGUCUACAGGGGCAGCCUCUCUGCCUACGGAGCCGUGCUGCCGCCUGGUUUUGCUCCCCACUUCCAGGUGGGCUUGGCUGUGGUCGUGCAGGACCAGCUGGGCGCCGCGGUGGUCGCGCUCAACAGGUCUCUGGCCAUCACUCUGCCGGAGCUCCCUAGUGACCUGCCCGGGGGUCCCCUGGCCCUCACGACCUGGCUGCACAGCCUCACGGAGAACACGCUGCCUGGACUGCUGAGGCAGGCCGACCCCCAGCACGUCAUCGAGUACUCGCUGGCCCUCAUCACUGUGCUCAACGAGGCCAGCGCAGGGCAGGAGCAGGCGCCCACCUCAUCGGCACAGCCGGACGCCAGGCGGCAGCUGCAAGCCCAGAUCCGCAAAAACAUCACGGAGACCUUGGUCUCCCUGCGGGUGGACACCGUGGACGACAUCCAGCAGGUUGCCGCGGCGCUGGCCCAGUGCACGGUGUCCAGCAGGGAGCUCGUGUGCCGCUCGUGCCUGAAGAAGACGCUGCAUAAGCUUGAGGGCAUGAUGCGCAUCCUGCAGGCCGAGACCACCGAGGGCACUGGGACGCCCACGGGCAUCGCCGACAGCAUUCUCAACAUCACAGGUGACCUCAUCCACUUGGCCAGCGUGGACAUGCAGGGCACACAGCCCUCAGAGCUGGACGCAGAGCCGCCGUCACUGAUGGUGGCAUCCAGGGCCUACCAGCUGUCGUCGGCCCUCAUGUGCAUCCUCAUGCGCUCCCGGGUGCUCAACGAGGAGCCCCUGACACUGGCCGGCGAGGAGAUCGUGGCGCAGGGCAAGCGCUCAGACCCGCUGAGCCUGCUCUGCCAGGGCGACGCCUCGGGUCCCGGCUGCCACUUCUCCAUCCCCGCGGCCUUCAGCGGGGCCCUGUCCAACCUCAGUGACGUGGUGCAGCUCAUCAUCCUCGUCGACUCCAACCCCUUCCCCUUCGGCUACAUCAGCAACUAUACCGUCUCCACCAAGGUGGCGUCCAUGGCCUUCCAGACGCAGGCUGGGGCCCAGAUCCCCAUCGGGCAGCUGGCCUCGGAGCGCGCCAUCACCGUGAAAGUGCCCAACAACUCGGACCCGGCCGCCCAGGGCCGCCGCAUCCCUGCCGGCUCCACCGUCGUCCUGCCGCAGGCCUCCGUCGGCGUCGUGGUCGUCCCCCAGGACAGCAACCCUGAGGCCGGCCUGCACCUACAGCUCACCUACACCGUGCUCGGCGAGCACUACCUGCCGCGGGAGCCUGAGCCCUACCUGGCCGUGUACCUGCACUCGGCGCCCCAGCCGAGCGAGCACAACUGCUCAGCCAGCAGGAGGAUCGGCCCGGAGCAGCUGGCGGGCGGCGACCACAGGCCCUACACCUUCUUCAUCGCCCCAGGGACCAGAGACCCAGGCGGGACUUACUAUCUGAACCUGACCAGCCACUUCCGCUGGUCGGCCCUGGAAGUGGCCGUGGGCCUGUACACGUCCCUGUGCCAGUACUUCAGCGAGAAGGAGAUGAUGUGGAGGACGGAGGGGCUCGUGCCCUUGGAGGAGACGUCCCCGAGCCAGGCCGUGUGCCUCACCCGCCACCUCACUGCCUUCGGGGCCAGCCUCUUCGUACCUCCCAGCCACGUGCGCUUCAUCGUCCCUGAACCGGCCUCGGGCAUGAACUACAUCGUCCUGCUGACCUGUUCCGUGUGCCUGGCGACCUACGCGGUCACGGCCGUGAUCCUGCGGAAGCUGGACCAGCUAGAUGUCAGCCGGGUCCGUGUGGUCCCUUUCUGCGGGAAGGGGGGCCGCUUCAAGUACGAGAUCCUGGUGAAGACGGGCUGGGGCCGGGGCUCAGGAACCACGGCGCACGUGGGCAUCAUGCUGUACGGGGCGGAGGGCCGCAGCGGCCACCGGCACCUGGACGGGGACAGAGCCUUCCGCCGCAACAGCCUGGACGUGUUCCAGAUCGCCACGCCACACAGCCUGGGCAGCGUGCGGAAGAUCCGCGUGUGGCAUGAUAACAAAGGGCUCAGCCCCUCCUGGUUCCUGCAGCACGUGAUCGUCAGGGACCUGCAGACGGCCCGCAGCACCUUCUUCCUGGUCAACGACUGGCUGUCGGUGGAGACCGAGGCCAACGGCGGCCUCGUGGAGAAGGAGGUGCUGGCAGCAAGCGACGCGGCCGUGCGGCGCUCCCGGCGCCUCCUGGUGGCCGAGCUGCAGCGCGGCCUCUUCGACAAGCACCUCUGGCUCUCGCUGUGGGACCGGCCGCCCCGGAGCCGCUUCACCCGCGUCCAGCGGGCCACCUGCUGCGUCCUCCUCAUCUGCCUCUUCCUGGGCGCCAACGCCGUGUGGUAUGGGGUCGUGGGAGACGCUGCCUACAGCGCGGGGCCUGUGUCCGGCCUGACCCCGCCGAGUGCCGACACGGUCGCCGUCGGGCUGGUGUCCAGCGUCGUCGUCUACCCCGUCUACCUCGUCAUCCUGUUUCUCUUCCGGAUGUCCCGCAGCAAGGUGGCGGGGGGCCCGAGCCCCACCCCCACAGGGCGGCAGGUCCUGGACAGCUGCCUGGACUCGUCUGUGCUGGACAGCUCCUUCCUCGCCUUCCCAGGGCUCCCCGCCCAGGCCUUUGCUGGACAACUCAAAGGGGACUUAUUUUUGGAUGAUUGUAAAAGCCUGGUGUGCUGGCCGUCCGGCGAAGGCACGCUUCAUUGGCCAGACCUGCUGAGCGACCCUUCUAUUGUGGGCAGUGCCCUGCAGCGGCUGGCACAGGGCCACCCGGGCCCAGAGGAGGACGGGCUCUCCCUGGUCAGCCCCUCCUCCCCUGCCAAGUACUUCUCAGCUUCAGACGAGGACCUCGUCCGGCGGAUCCUGGCCGAAGGCGCCGGCAGCCUGGCCCUGGCCGGGGACGCGGAGACUCACACGGAUCUGCUCACUGGCCUGCCCAGGUCCGGCGCUCUGGCGGCGAGCACCGAGGGGACCGAGACGCUGCUGCUGCCCACGCCGGGGGCGAGGGGGCCGCCCGACCCGGGCCUGACCUGGGAGCAGCCCCGGCCAGCCAAGCCCUCCAGGACAGGACCGGUGGACGGUCUGCGGAAGCGGCUGCUGCCGGCCUGGUGUGCCGCGCUGGCCCACGGACUCAGCCUGCUCCUGGUGGCUGUGGCCGUGGGCGUCUCGGGCUGGGUGGGCGCCAGCUUCUCCCCCAGCGUGGGGGUGAUGUGGCUCCUCUCGAGCAGCUCCAGCUUCCUGGCCUCGUUCCUCGGCUGGGAGCCGCUCAAGGUCCUGCUGGAGGCCCUGUACUUCUCCUUGGUGGCCAAGCGGCUGCACCCCGAUGAGGAUGACACCCUGGUCGAGAGCCCGGCUGUGGCCCCUGUGAGUGAGCGCGUGCCCCGCGUGCGGCCCCCCCACGGCUUCGCGCUCUUCCUGGCCAAGGAAGAGGCCCGAAAGGUCAAGAAGCUCCACGGGAUGCUGCGGAGCCUCCUGGUCUACAUGCUCUUCCUGCUGGUGACGCUGCUGGCCAACUAUGGAGACGCUUCCUGCCACAGCCACGCCUACCGCCUGCAGAGCGCCAUCAAACAGGAGCUGGGCAGCCAGGCCUUCCUGGCCAUCACCCGGUCGGAGGAGUUCUGGCCGUGGAUGGCCCACGUGCUGCUGCCCUCCGUCCACGGGAGCCGGGCCGGCCCUGAGCUGGGGCCCCCGCGGCUGCGGCAGGUGCGGCUGCAGGAAGCACUCUGCCCGGACCCCGCUGGCCCCCGUGUGCGCGCGUGCGCAGCCGCCUCCGGCUCCCUCAGCACCAGCGACUACGGCGUCGGCUGGGGCAGUGCUGCCCACAACGGCUCGCAGACGUGGGCCUACUCGGCACCAGACCUGCUGGGGGUCUGGUCCUGGGGCUCCUGCGCCGUGUACGACAGUGGGGGCUACGUGCAGGAGCUGGGGCCCAGCCUGGAGGAGAGCCGCGCACAGCUGGGCUUCCUGCAGCUGCACAACUGGAUCGACAACAGGAGCCGCGCGGUGUUCGUGGAGCUCACGCGCUACAGCCCGGCCGUGGGGCUACACGCCGCCGUCACGCUGCGCCUCGAGUUCCCCGUGGCCGGGCACGCCGUCACCGCGGUCAGCGUGCACCCGUUCGCGCUGAGCCGGCUGAGCUCCGGCCUCUCGCUGCCGCUGCUCACCUCGGUGAGCCUGCUGCUGUUCGCGGCCUACUUCUCCGUGGCGGAGGCGCGUGUGUGGUGCAGGGAGGGGCGCGUGCGCGCAGCCCGGUCUGGAGCCUGGGCUCGGUGGCUGCUGGUGGCCCUGACGGCGGCCGCAGCGCUCGUGCGCCUGGCACAGUUGGGUGUCGCCGACCGCCAGUGGAUCCGCUUCCUGCGCCGCCGCCCACGCCGCUUCACCAGCUUCGAGCAGGUGGCGCAGCUGAGCGCUGCUGCCCGUGGCCUGGCCGCCUCGCUGCUCCUCCUGCUGCUGGUCAAGGCUGCCCAGCAGUUACGCUUCGUGCGCCAGUGGUCGGUGUUCGGAAAGACGCUGUGCAGGGCGCUGCCGGAGCUGGCAGGCGCGGCCCUGGGGCUGCUGGUGCUCGCCGCGGCCUACGCGCAGCUGGCCGUUCUGCUGGUCUCCUCCUGCGUGGACUCGGUGCGGAGUGCCGUGAGGGCUGGCCUGGUGCUGUGCCCCGGAUCUGGGGGUCCCGCCCCGUGCCCGGCCGAGUCCUGGCGCCUGUCCCCACUGCUGUGCACUGGGCUCUGGGCCCUGCGGCUGUGGGGGGCCCUGCGGCUGGGGGCGGUCCUCCUGCGGUGGCGGUACCACACGCUGCGCGGGGAGCUCUACCGGCCGGCCUGGGAGCCGCAGGACUACGAGAUGGUGGAGCUGUUCAUGCGCAGGCUGCGCCUCUGGCUGGGCCGCAGCAAGGUCAAGGAGUUCCGCCACAAAGUCCGCUUCGAAGGGAUGGAGCCGCUGCCCUCCCGCUCCUCCCGUGGCUCCAAGGCCUCCCCGGACGCGCCCCCGCCCAGCGGGGGCUCCGACGCCUCCCGGCCCUCCACCGCCUCCAGCCAGCUGGACGCGCCCGGCGCGGGCCUGAGCAGGCUGGGGCCCCGCGGGGAGCCCGAGCCCUCGCGUCUCCAUGCCGUGUUCGAAGCCCUUCUGACGCAGUUCGACCGACUCAACCAGGCCACGGAGGAGGUCUAUCAGCUGGAGCAGAGGCUGCAGCGCUUGCAAGGCCGCAGGAGCGCGGGGGCCCCUGCCCCCGCUGCCCCCAGCCCCACCUCAGGCCCGUGGCCUGCCCGGCCCGGCCGACUUGCCCGGGCCCGGCGCAGUGUAGGUGUGGCUACGGGCCCUGGCCCGGCCUCUCUGCGGGCUAAGAACAAGGUGCACCCUCACAGCACUUAGCCCCGGGGGACCUGGCCUCCGACCCUGGGGUGGGCCUGUGGCCUCCCUCUGCUUUUUGGAGGGAGCCAGGGCAGACGCCACUCAGUAUUAGCUUCUGCCCCCCUCAAGGUCUCGGGCAGGCAGAACAGCUGCACGAAGGCCCCAGGGAGCAGUCAUCUCUGUGGGUCUCAGCACUUUAAAGAGGCCGAGUGGGCAGCCAGGACCCAGGGUCCCCUCCCCGGCUCGCCGUGGGAGGACACAGCAGUAUUGGCCUGAGUGCCCAGCCUCUGAGAUGCUAAUUUAUUACCAGAGUCCUCAGGUACAGCGGGCUGUGCCCGGCCCCACCUCCUGGGCAGACCCCUCCCCUUUGCCCAGGAUCCAGGCUUCCGGGAGGGAAGCUGCACCCCGUUGCCCCCCCCCUAAGUUAUUACUUCUCCCGCCCCCGCUAAGCAUGCUCCCCUUAAGCUGCCGUCUGUGUGUCUAUCGUUCAUAAUUUAUACGGGGUUAAAAAUGUAUAUUUUUGUACGUCGCUCUAUUUUUCACUAGGGCCUGGGGGCCUGAUGGCUGCAGCAGCCCCGUGCCCACCGUCUGCCGUGUGGAGGGGGGCUAGGGGUGCUGCGCUGGGACCGGAGGCUCGCUGGAAGGGCACAGCCACCUCCGCGGCAGGGCUGUCGCCGCCGCCCUCUGCCUGGGGUGGCAAGCGAGAGGGCAGAGCCCAGACCUGCAGGUGUCGGGUCUGCGGGAGGAGGACCAGGGCAGGGCGAGCCCUCCAGGGAGGAAGGAGCCCUCCCCCAGGGCUGGCUCCUGGGGCUGGGGAAGGGGUGCACACGUGUGUGGUGGCGGCGUGGUCCCCCCAGCAGCGCGCCACAGGCCCUGUACCACCUCCGUGGCCACAGCUACAGCCUCCACCCGCCCCUACCCGACAAAGUCAAAUAAACAAGCUGGCUGACUGCA